AUGAGAGAGAUUGUUUCAAUCCAGUGCGGCCAAGCCGGUAAUCAAGUCUCCAGCGCAUUUUGGGAGAGCAUUAUUCAAGAGCAUGGCUUGGACCAGGACGGCCACCUAGACCCUAAUCAUGAGAGCCCCAAAGACCGUAUUGACGUGUUUUUCUCUGAAGCAAGCAACCGAAAGUAUGUUCCUCGUUCGGUGGCAGUAGACUUGGAGCCGGCGACUCUAGAUUCUAUUCGCUCAGGCCCUUUGGGAAAUAUGUUCCGACCCGACAACCUAAUCUCGGGCGAAAGCGGUGCCGGUAACAACUGGGCAAAGGGCUACUAUACCGAGGGUGCUGAGCUUAUGGACCAGGUUCUUGACGCUGUUCGACGUGAGGUUGAACAAGCCGACUCGUUGCAAGGUUUUCAAGUGACCCAUUCAUUGGGAGGCGGUACAGGCUCCGGCAUGGGCACACUGUUGCUGUCACGUAUCAAAGAAGAGUACAGUGAUCGUAUGGUUUCCACAUAUUCCAUCCUACCCUCCCCAAAAGUGUCUGAAACAGUUACUGAGCCUUACAAUGCUGUCCUAGCUAUGCACCAGCUAGUUGAUUGCAGUGAUGCAACUUACUGUUUGGACAACGAAGCCCUCUUCAAUAUCUGUACCAAGACGCUGCGUAUCCAGCAUCCUGGCCACCAUGAUUUGAACCGUUUGAUUGCCAUGGUAAUGACAGGUGUUACUACUGGCUUGCGCUACCCUGGCCAACUUAAUGGCGACCUGCGGAAAUUGGCUGUCAAUUUGGUACCUUUUACACGGCUGCACUUCUUUACUACCGCCUAUGCUCCCUUGUUUGCUGCGAACCAGCGUGCGUUCCACAAUUUGUCUGUUCCUGAGCUUACCCAACAACUGUUUAACCCUGCCAAUGUGAUGGCUGCUUGUAACCCUGCGAAUGGUCGGUACCUUACCAUUUCCACGAUUUACCGUGGUAAGGUUGGUACAAAGGAGGUUGAGGACUGUAACCAGAUGGCUUAUCAGCGCAAUCGCGGCCUAUUCGUAGACUGGAUUCCCAACAACUUCCAAACAUCAGUUUGCAAUGUCGCCCCCAAAGGCGAAACUUCGGCCACAUUUAUUGCUAACACUACUGCGGUCCAUGAGCUGUUCACUCGCUCUCUCAACCAAUUCGAUAUUAUGUUCCGUCGCAAGGCUUUCCUUCACUGGUACACUGGUGAAGGUAUGGAUGAGUCCGAGUUCACGGAAGCUCAGUCCAACCUCGAGGAUCUUGUUGCCGAGUACUUGCAGUACCAGAAUGCAACUAUUGAUGAGGAUUAUGAGGAGGACUACAAUGCUGGUUACGAGGAUGAGCCGGCUUAUGCUGAAAGCGUCGAGGUUGAGGCCUUUUAA